AAAACACAUGAAGUUAUUUAGUGCUAAUUAAUCAGUGGAAUAAAUAAUUGUUUUUUAGGUGGAGGGGGUGGGGAUCUGGUACCCCUCUUUUUCCAAGUCUGAGGUAUGGGGCACAGGUGACACGGUCUCGACUUGGAAUGCUCAUUUCACCUCGUGUCUUGGUGGAGGCCAUCAGUUCUCCAAAUCCUCAAGAUGUUCUAACUCUUGGCUUCUGUUGUUUUUCAACUCGUGCAUCCACUAGCUCCAGCAAUUCAGUGAUUAAUCGUGUUAUUAACAUAAAAAAAUCGGUGAAAUGGUGAUCUCCAGGAUUUUAGUCUGGAUCCUGUGGUGUGGGUUGCCGGUAAUUCUCGGGGUAAAAACCGUGAAUAUCCUGUCGACUUCCGGUGUGAAAAGCAUCGAGGAGGAAGACAUCCUCCGGGUCCUGGCCCAGAACACAUCAGAUUCAUCGGAGAACCUCACAUUUGUAGAUCUCGUCGAGAGCUGGAGGAAUCACACUGGAACAUCCAGUGAUUUUUUAUGGAACCCUGAGAGCACCGGUCCGAAAGAAAAGUUUGAUAUUUAUUACGAUAAAUAUAAAUAUCAAGUUGACAAUGAAGUCGAUCAAUUAUUUUCAAUUGCUCCGGUGUUUGAUCCAGCAGCUGGUGUCGUCAGUCCGGAGUGCAGGAAGCAUUCGGAAAUUUACAACCGCGAGCUCAGGAAAAUGAGCCUCUGGGCAUUAAAAAUGUUUGAUGCAACAGCGAAAAUUCCCUCGGGCCUUUUAAGCGGUAAUAUCAAUCAAUUAGGGGAUUUCGAUGAGUGUCUGGGCCUUGAAGGCCCCGAGGAUAUCCGUGGUCAGUACUGUUUAGCAUAUCUGCAGCUGGAGAUUGAUCAUCAUCGAGAUGAUCUCAAGGAAAUCCACCGUCUCGUCCACUCCCAUUACGCAUUCAGGAGCAACAUAACAGACCCUGGCCACCGGGUUCCUCGAUUUAGUACGGUCCAGUGGGCAGUUUGUACACCGUCAUCAUGUACCUCCCAGGAUGUUGAAUCAUCACUUAGAGCGACAAUUUCAAAGUACACAAGCCACACAGGACUUAAUAUAACUGUCAAAGUUGACCGCGAAAUGUGUCAAGUUCAAAGGACCGAGCCGCUUCCAACAGAAACUCUAAUUGUUGGGGGAUUCUUCAUCUCCGUCAUUGGAUUGGCCACUGUAGCAGCUGUAUGCGAUCAUCUGGGGGCAGAUGUCAGUGAGAUUGUUCUCGCCUUCUCCUUGAAGAGAAAUCUACGGAAAUUAUUGUCCAUGAAACCUGGGGACGACGACAUUGCCACUCUGCAUGGCAUCCGGGCAAUUAAUGCUCUCAUGCUCAUUGUCGCGCAUAAGAGCAUGGCUUUGUUUUUCAAUCCUUAUGUUAAUAGGACUGGCAUGGCAGAGUACUUGGGUCGUCCUUGGACGGUAAUUGGACGAGCUGCGAGUCUCUACACCGAUCCCUUUAUAAUGCUCUCUGGUCUUUUGACUACCUAUUCAUUCGUGGGAAGACUUAGAAAGUCCGGAGAAAUCCACGUGAAGAAGGAAUACCUAUCGAGAUUAUUCAGAUUGGUGCCGAAUCUCGGUGCACUCAUUUUAUUCUGCAUGUUUAUUAUGCCAUACAUUGGAUCUGGACCCCAAUGGAAUCUUGUUGUCACUCAUCAUGCGGAUAUUUGUAAAAAAACUUGGUGGCGAAAUUUUUUAUUCAUUCAUAAUUAUUUUGGAUUUGAAAAUAUGUGCCUGACCCACACCCAUCACAUCGGCAUCGACACCCAAUUAUUCGCCCUCUCCCCAAUAAUGGUUCUUACUCUGUACAAAUAUCCUAAACUCGGUGGAUUAAUCCUCACCUUCAUGGCUCUUCUAUCCACAGGACUUCGUUAUUACGUUACGUAUUUUAAACGACUGAAUAAUUACGUGUUCUUUGGCACCUCGAUCCGACAAUUAUUCGACACUGCCAAUUUGUCGUACAUUCUACCAACGCACAGACUAACCGUUUACAUAAUUGGUAUUUUCGUUGGAUAUUUCCUGAGAAUAUGCCCGAAGGGAUAUAAAAUGAGCAAGUCGGUGAUUCGAUUGGGCUGGACCUUGACAUCAAUGAUGGCACUAGGAGCUUUCUUCGGUCCAGCUGGAAUGGGUUCGAUAAAUUACGUCUACAAUCCCAUUCAUGCUGCGACGUACAACGCAUUUGCACCGAUUGGAUGGUGCGCAUUUUUUGCAUGGAUUGCAUUUAUCUCGCACACCAAAAAUACAAGCGGAUGGGUCAGUGAAAUAUUCGCUUGGAGAGGGUUCCUGGUCUGCACACGAUUGAGUUACGCCAUUUAUCUCACGCAGUUUCCAGUCUUCUUUUUUAAUGUUGGAAAAACGAGAAGUGCAGAGCACUACGAGUUCUUCAGAAUGCUGUUUAAUUUCCACGAAUUGGGGUGGAUAAUUGUCAUGUCAGCAGUUCUCACUCUAUUAUUCGACUCGCCUUUCCAAAACCUCAAGAGGUACCUUCUGAGAAAGCCAUCGACACAGCAAAAAAUCGUGAAGGCUGAAUGAUCCAAAUGCCCGAUUAAUUCGUGAAUUAUGCGUCUUGUAAAUAGUCUGAUUAUUCCCUUAAAUAUGACAGCUUAUGUACCUUUACCUUGCCUCCCAUGUAUUUAUGUAAUCGUGAAUAGAGUCGCUCAGAGCAACUCCUCCCAAUUGUAAAUAAUUUAUAAUCCCCACGGUGAUUAAUUAGAUUUAAUAUUUUUAUAUAUUAUUUUC